AUGAGCAACAGCAACACGGCGCCGGAAUCCGAGGGGGAACAUAGUUCGUGGAUUGGUGCCAAGGGUCCUGCCGCACUUGACCUGAGAAGCGAUGUAAUGACUACACCCACGCCGUCUAUGCUUGCUGCUGUUCAUUCAUGUACAUUACGAGAUGACGUCUUUCAAGAAGAUAAGACCACAAUGGAACUUGAGGCUCAUAUUUCCGCAUUAUCAGGCAAGGAAGCCGGCUUGUUUGUGCUGUCGGGAACCAUGGGCAAUCAACUUGCCCUCAGAAGUCUUCUGAGUCAGCCACCACACUCUGUUCUGUGUGACCAUCGUUCGCAUAUUAUUCAAUACGAAGCCGGCGGUGUGUCCACGCUUACUGGUGCUACCGUGAGAACAGUGGUUCCAAGGAACGGUGUCUACUUGACCCUUGAAGACAUCAAGCAGAAUGUUGUGCUCAGCGAUGACGUUCAUGCGUGUCCAACACGAGUAAUUAGUCUAGAGAAUACACUCAAUGGCAUGAUCAUGCCUCUGUCGGAGGUCAAGCGAAUCUCCGAAUUCGCCAGAAAACAUGGCAUGAAAAUGCACUGCGACGGCGCUCGCUUGUGGGAAGCUGUGGCAGCUGGUUCUGGCACGCUGGUGGAAUUCUGUGCUCACUUUGACACGGUUAGCUUGUGUUUCUCCAAGGGCCUUGGAGCACCAGUUGGAAGCAUUCUUGUUGGUUCCCAAGGGAUUAUAACGCAUUCCCGGCGCGUUCGCAAGUCCAUUGGCGGUGGCAUGAGGCAACCCGGAUUCAUCACGGCUUGUGCUCGAGUUGCCGUGGACGAAACAUUUGGCAAAAAGGCUGACGGCAGCGAUGGUUGGCUAAGGGCGUCACACGACAUGGCGAAGAAGGUUGAAGCCUUGUGGUGUGGCAUGGGUGGCAAACUCGUUCAUCCGGUGCACACAAACAUGUGCUGGAUUGAUCUUGACUCGGCCAAGUGUAGCGAUGGCCGCUUCAUCGCGUUGUGCCAAGCUGCUGGUCUCACCGUAUCCGGGGGCCGACUGGUAACACACUACCAAAUCGCUCAAAACGGAGACGAUGUUCUGCAGAUGCUAGGUGAUGUUUUUCAGAAGGUGUUUGCAGAGCCGGAGGAAGUCAAGUCUGGGGUAGUAGUCAAGAGUAUGUACGAGAAGGAGAAGGCAUGA